AGGCCGAAACGUUGGCGCGAAAAUCUUCCCGGCGCCGAAGGACCGAGAGAGUAAGAGCCGGAGAGGGGGAGGUAGAGAUAGUGGGUGUGAGGCAAGAGGCUGACUGGUGAACGAAACGGUUGUUGUCUGGAAAUGAACCUCAGCGCGGAGCAGAAGCUGUUGGACCCCAGUUCAGCCCCGGAGUCUAGUGAGAUGGCUGAGCCUGAAGUAAAUGAGAUCAUAACAGCCAGUAUGUUGGAAGAGGAAAGGCAACUGGAGAAGGAAGGACAGGAGGAGGAGAGAAAGCUGAUGCAACAGGCCAAAAUGUUUUGGGAAAAGGACUCGCGUGAAAUGCGUUAUAAGCGAUUACAGCACUUACUGGAGAAGAGUAACAUCUAUUCCAAGUUCUUGUUGACCAAGAUGGAACAACAGCAGCUGGAGGAGCAGCAAAGAAAAGCAAAACUCGAAAAAAAGAGAAAACUGCUGGCUUCAACUCAAGUGGUGAAAGGGGACAACCAGUCAGUACAAGAAACUGAAACAGCAAUUAAGAAAAGGGGAAGAGAAGAAGAAACAUACAAUCUGUCUGAUUACAUCAGUAAGGAGGACAUUUUGUCAAGGGUCAAAAAGGCUAGAACAGAUGAGAAUGGGGAUGUAACAGCUCCCAAAAAGCUUGAAGCUGCAGAUAUUGAGAAAAGUCAAGAUUCCAAUUUUGCCAUCAAAGACCGACUAGCCCAGACUGUACGCCAUAACUCUCAGCACCUCCUGGACCCAGUAAGGAAAGUGAAUGGUCAAGCAGUUCCAUAUCAGCAGCCCAAACUCUUCAAAGGAGGAGUAAUGAGGUGCUACCAGGUGGAGGGAAUGGAGUGGCUUCGGAUGCUGUGGGAAAAUGGUAUUAAUGGGAUUCUGGCAGAUGAGAUGGGCCUGGGGAAGACUGUCCAGUGCAUUGCUAUGAUAGCCAUGAUGGUGGAUAGAGGAGUUCCAGGGCCUUUCUUUGUCUGUGGCCCUCUAUCUACUCUCCCAAAUUGGGUAUCUGAGUUUAAGAGGUUUACACCAGAGAUUCCAGUGCUGCUUUAUCAUGGGAACCAGAAAGAUCGUUUACAAAGUCUGCGUAAAAUCCAUAAAAGACAAGGCUCUCUGCACAUUUUACCAGUUGUUAUCACUUCUUACGAAAUCGCUAUGAGGGACAGGAAACGCUUUCAGAAUUGUCACUGGAAAUACCUCAUCGUGGAUGAAGGCCACAGAAUCAAGAACUUAAAUUGUCGCCUUAUUCAGGAGUUGAAAAGAUUCAACACUGACAACAAACUGCUGUUGACUGGAACUCCCCUGCAGAAUAACCUGGCUGAACUCUGGUCACUUCUCAACUUUCUACUGCCUGAUGUAUUUGAUGACUUGAAAAGUUUUGAAUCUUGGUUUGACAUUACAAGCAUCACAGAAAAUGUUGAAGAUAUAGUUGCCAGCGAGCAGGAACAAAAUAUUCUGCACAUGCUUCACCAGAUCCUGACUCCAUUCCUGCUGAGGAGGUUGAAAUCUGAUGUCACUCUGGAAAUUCCUCCAAAACGGGAGGUUGUGGUUUAUGCUCCUCUAAGCAAAAAACAAGAGUCUUUCUAUACAGCCAUCGUCAAUAAAACCAUCUCAACAAUACUGGGACAAGAGUCCAAGCAGGAGAAACCUCAGCUAACCCCUACAGGAAGACCAAAACGUCGAAGCAGAAAGCUGGUGAAUUAUACAGCGGAAUAUGAUGAUGAUGAUUUGGAGAAGAUGAUUGCUGUGGUGCAGCAGAAUGCCCACGAGCAGAGGCCUGUAUUGGAUGUGUAUACCCCACAAGAUAAGGAGGUUCACCUGAAAUUGCAGAAUGUACUGAUGCUCCUCAGAAAGUGUUGUAACCAUCCUUACUUAAUCGAAUACCCACUGGACCCCAAAACCCAGGAGUUUAAGAUAGAUGAAGAACUGGUGAAAAGCUCAGGAAAAUUCCUUAUUUUGGACCGAAUGCUGCCAGAACUUCAGAGAAGAGGGCACAAGGUGCUGAUAUUUUCUCAAAUGACAUCCAUGUUGGACAUCCUAAUGGACUAUUGCUACUUGAGGGACUACAAAUACAGCCGGCUGGAUGGUUCCAUGUCUUAUGUAAUGCGUGAGGAAAAUAUAAACAAUUUCAACAGUGAUCCUGAAGUUUUCAUCUUUUUACUGAGCACUCGAGCUGGGGGUUUGGGCAUUAACCUGACUGCAGCAGACACUGUCAUUAUAUACGACAGUGACUGGAAUCCUCAGGCAGAUCUUCAGGCUCAGGAUCGUUGCCAUCGGAUUGGUCAGACUAAGCCGGUUGUAGUUUAUCGCCUGGUAACUGCCAAUACCAUCGAUGAGAAGAUUGUGGAGAAAGCCACAGCAAAAAGGCGACUUGAGAAGAUGGUGAUACAUAAAAAUAAGUUCAAAGGGGGCAAGUCAGGAUUGAACCAGUCCAGGAGCUGUCUAGAUUCUACAGAGCUGAUAGAGUUGCUGAAGUCUCGGGAUCAUGAAAGAGAGGUGAAGGGAUCCACUGAUCAAGUGAUAAGUGACGGUGAACUUCAGAUCUUGAUGGACCGCAGUGACCUGAGCAAACAAAAGAAAUCUGGAAUCAAAAAACAGACAGACAAAGUUUUUGAAGUACUUGAUAAUGAUGACAUGAAUGCAGGAAUCCAACUAUGUGGGCUGAGAGAGAUGGCUGGAGACAUCUCCUAAUUCAGGUGUUAGUUGCAUUUCUCUUUCCUGCUCUCCCCAGUAGGGAAUAGUUUGAAAGAAUGUCACUCCUGGAGUGCAGACUGAGGAUUCGUCUGUUUAAGGUUGUUGAUUUGACAUGUGUCCUGCUAUUAAGUUUUUAAAGUGGGACUUCUUUGAAAGUGAUUAAGUUUUUGCACACUGGAUACGUGCAGAUUAUUUUUUGUUUGACUUAAUGCUGCCUGGAUUCUAAAUGAUGAGCUUGAUUUCAAAUGUUUAACCACUGGGCAAGUGGUAUAGGCAAAUAAAUAUUGUUUUAUUCUUCUUU